CGCGCCCGGGCCCCGGGCCGCGGCGGAGGAGCUGCGAAAAUGAAUGAGUGGGCGCCCAUAGCGAAAGAGUAUGACCCCCUCAAAGCAGGGAGCAUUGAUGGCACAGAUGAAGAGCCCCAUGACCGUGCCAUCUGGAGGGCCAUGUUGGCACGGUACGUACCUAAUAAGGGGGUUACAGGAGAUCCCCACCUCACUCUGUUUGUAGCAAGACUGAAUCUACAAACCACAGAGGAGAAGCUGAAGGAAGCCUUUUCCAGGUAUGGAGACAUUAGGAAGAUUCGUCUGGUUAGAGACUUGGUCACAGGUUUUUCCAAGGGCUAUGCGUUUAUAGAGUACAAAGAGGAACGGGCGCUCUUGAAAGCCCAUAGAGAUGCCAACAGGCUGGUUAUUGACCAGCAUGAGAUAUUUGUGGACUUCGAGCUGGAAAGGACCCUCAAAGGAUGGAUCCCUCGGAGACUUGGAGGUGGUUUUGGAGGCAAGAAGGAAUCCGGGCAGCUGCGGUUUGGAGGGCGGGACAGGCCUUUCCGAAAGCCCAUCAAUUUGCCAACUAUGAAAAGUGACUUCUAUGGAGAGGGGCUAGUGGAGAAAAGAGAGAGGAGCUGGUCUCGUGAGGGAGCGAGGGACUGGAGAGCGAGGGACCGAGACCCUGAAAGGAACCGAGACAAGAGAUGGCUGGAAAGGGAGCGAUCGUGGGCUUGGGGUGAAAGCAACCGGGAGAGAGAGCGGGAUUCCAAAGAGGAAAGGAGCAGAGGAAGAGAGAGGAAGGACAGAGAGAGAAAAGACAGGGAAAGAGACCGGAGCAGGGAGAGAGACCCUAAGAAGCAGAGAGAUGACGACAAACAUCGGUAGAAGAAAGUUCCUUUAUUAUAGAUAAGCUGAACACCCAUGAACUGUGGGGAAGUUUACAGCCAGACCCCUCCAAAAUCUUCUGAUUCAAACAACCCUGAACUGAGGUCAGGUUCUAAUCCAGGCAUGGGCCCGCCUCUGGUUUAAGAAAGCUAUGGGCACAAAUUCAACCUGUGGCUUUGCUGCAUGCUUCCAGCCUGCAAGGAGUCCUGCUAAUCACCUGGAACUAGAUCCUCAGCGGGUGUAAAAUUGGAUAGAGCCACUGUCUUCAGCAAAGCUGGGCCAGCCAAGCAGCUGGCCCAUUGUCUCUGGUUUAUUGUCCUUCAGGUAAUUUCUAUGGUGGUUUUGCCAGAAAGAGGGGACAAUGACUCCUGCAGUAACCUGUACCUGUGUUGAGCUGUGGCUCUCUUAUUUACAGAGCUUUUGUUCUCUGUCUCAUGUAUUAUGUGGUAUCUGCCUUUUCUUUGGUUUGAUUCCCCACCCCCACCUUGUUAAAUUUAAAAUUUAAAUUGCUCUUUGUGUGCAAGCAAAUCUUCCUGUAGGUGUAUUCUAACCAUGCGGUGACUGUCUCCUUUCUUUCUGGAGGUCAGGACUGUAGCAGGAUUCCUUAACAUGGUUCAAACCAUUCUAUACAGGCAAGGCCAACAUCUCUUAUAAACAGGACAGAGCCCCAGUUCUGUUAUGACAUGAUUCCCCCUUACUCAGUAGUUUACCUCUAUAGAUGGGCCCUUAUCCUGCGUUAGAUUCAGCAUAGCCCUCCCCCACUCACUCAGCUUGGAGCUGAGAGAGCUGCAGCUGGCAUUGGUAUCAUAGUCCCAGCCUUCCAGAUAUUGACAGGAGUCCUACAGGAAAAAGAGGAGAGCCAGAACUGGGCAUCAAAAGUGUUAGAAGGCAGAUCUUAAGACACAGCCAAUUAUUUUAUUUGUUGCUCUUCAGAGGUUUUCUUUACGCAAAGUCUCACUAAUGUGUUUUAUAGAGCGGAGUGGAGGGGUAGCAGGAUCUGGGAAAUAACGAAAGCAUUGGAAAGCACACAGUAUUGCAUUUACUGCAUCUGAUGGUAUCGGGCUCUAUGUAGUUCCAUUUCUAAGAACGUUAAGGAACCAAUAAUCACUGUUUGCUGUGGGUUCUCUAUUAUACUUUGCUGUGGGGAGACCCAAUGGAAAGUUGUAUGUACCUAUGAAAAUAAAAAGGAAAUGUUUAAAAAAUUUUUAACCACA